AUGCCACCUGACCCAAAUUCCAUGAUUGUUGAAUUGGCCCGUCUUAUGAAUUGUGUUCAACUAGACGAAACUGUUUUGCAGUUGUGUAUAAAGUUAUUAGAUGAAGGAGCAAAUCCACAACAAUUGGCCAAACACAUUCUUGCAAUCAAAAAAGAAACUAAUUCAAUACUAACCUAA